GUAUGUAACAAACUCAUUAAUUACUUGAUUCUAUUGAGAGAAAAGUAUAGAAUUGUGUCAUUAGAGACCAAUAAUAUGAAAAGUUGCUUUUUAGUGGUCGACCUUCUCAUAUUGAAAAUACAGUCGAUAAAUAAUAAAAAUAGUUAGGAGAUUCAAAAAUUACAUUGCUAGAUCAUCAUUACUAAAAAAAGUUUGAGAAGAUGGGAUAAAGAUUGGAAAAUCUUGAAAAAGAAAAAGAAACCAAAGUUUAAAUAUCUAGGGAAUAAUAGACUAGUGAUUUUGAAUAAGAAGAAGCGCGCAGCGUAAAAUUACUUAUAAACUAAUUAGAUAGUAAAUUUGAACAGAACCAUCAGAUUGUAUUCCUAACAAAUUUAAUCAUUAUAAGAAUAAAUGAAAAGAAUGCAAAUGAACUAUUAGAAAUAAAUUCAAGAUUUAUAAAUACAACUCAGAAAAUAUUAAAUUUGA